AUUAUGUGUUACAAAAAUAUAUAUAUCCAUGCAGAGACUAGAUGGCGAGGAAGCAAGAAUUGCAGAUUACUUUGAUGUGAUCGCUGGAACUAGCACAGGUGGGCUCGUUACAGCCAUGCUUACUGCUCCAGACGAAAACAAUCGACCAUUAUUUGCUGCCAAGGAUAUCAUCAAGUUCUACCUUGAACACGGUCCUAAAAUUUUCCCUCAAGAAAGCGUGCCAGUACUUGGUGGUGCGUUGGAGACAAUUAGAGCUAUAACAGGUCCAAAAUAUGAUGGCAAGUAUUUGCGUAACUUACUAAAGGAAAUACUAGGAGAUCUGCGAUUGCACCAGACAUUGACUAACGUUGUUAUCCCAACCUUUGACAUAAAGCGCCUCCAACCCACUAUCUUCUCUAGCUAUGAGGUGAAAAAGAAUCCCAGCCAAGAUGCCUUGCUCUCUGAUAUAUGCACCGGAACUUCAGCUGCCCCGACCUAUCUUCCGGCCCACAGUUUUGAAACCACACAUUCAAACGGCCAAGUUAGAAAGUUUAAUCUCAUCGAUGGUUGUGUCGUUGCAAACAAUCCGGCUUUGGUGGCCAUAAAUGAAGUGUCAAAAGAAAUCCAACAAGGAAAUCGAGACUUCUUUCCGAUCAAGCCUACGGAGUACGGCCGAUUUUUGGUUGUGUCGUUAGGAACUGGUACGCCAAAACCUGAUGAGAAGUACAACGCAAUUGAAGCAGCUAAGUGGGGUGUUGUGGGAUGGCUGACCAGCCACCAUUCCACUCCUUUGGUCGACAUUUUCACUCAAGCAAGUAGUGAUUUGGUCGAUUUUUUCCUCUCCACUGUAUUUCAGGCUCUUCAAUCUGACAAAAACUAUCUUCGAAUCCAAGAUGAUACACUAGGUGAAAAGGUAUCUUCUGUGGAUAUUGCUACCAAAGAAAACCUGAAUGAACUUGUGAAAGUUGGAGAGGCUUUGUUGAAGAAACCGGUUGCCAUGGUAAAUUUGGAGACUGGUUCUUUUGAGCCUUCUCAUAAUGAUGUGACAAAUGAAGAGGCUAUCAGAAGGGUUGCCGGAAUACUUUCCCGGGAGAGAAAGGCUCGUGAGGCUAGAUCACCAAUUGCAAAAGCCGCGACUCCAAGUUCGAAAUAA